UGAAUCGAAAACGAAAAUAAAAUUCAAAAUGGAGUGUGGAGCAUAAUAUUGAUGUUUUGUUUCAUCGAUAUUAUAUUAUAAAAUAAAUCGGUGGAUGUAAAAAAUUACGAAAAUAUAAGAAAAAUGUCGCGAUCUAUUCGUGCAGAAACUCGCAGUCGAGCAAAAGAUGAUAUUAAGAAAGUUAUGAAUGUUAUUGACAAAGUUCGACACUGGGAGAAAAAAUGGGUAACAAUUGGAGAUACCACUAUGAAAAUAUUCAAGUGGGUUCCAGUAACAACACAUGAACCAAAAAAACACCUGAAACAUAGAGAAAACAAGGAGAAUCUCCGAAAAAGUACUGUUUUGGAUACUUCUAAUUCAAACUCAAAUUUCAGCAUUGCUGAGGAUUCAAAUACUUGUUUUUCAACAGUCAGCGACUCUCAGGGACCAACAGAUUUUUCAUCAUCCCACAUGACUUUUUCUGAAGACUCAAAUUCACAAAGCAGUGAGAUGGUUCCUAUGAAAAGACUUAAAUCAGAUUGAUGGUUAAUUUUAAGUCUUAUGGAUAAGGAUGGAGCAAUCUGAAAUUCUGUCACCCACCAUGUUGGUGAUAUUAUUUAAUCAAUCUAUGAUUUUUGUAAAUUUAAACUUGUUCUAGAGUGUGUGUUCAGUAUUUAUAUUAAUUUUAAUGAUUUUAUACUCCAAACUGAUAAUUGUAUAUAAUUUCCUUAGAUAGGGUUAUUUGGGAUUAAAAGAUUCUGAAAAUGAGUUUUGAGGAUUUCUGUUAUUAGUGUUAUUAAAAAAUAUCCAA